GAAACAGAGCGCGCGGCGGCGGCGGCUUCCCCCUUUACUCGUCAGGUCGCGCUAGGGGCGAACUCGUCACGUGGCUUUACCUCAUCGUUUACGUUUGUGAAGUUGAGUCAAGUCAGGCGAGGAGGCGAGGAGAUGGCAGAGAGAGGCGUUUUCUUCGCGCGAUUUGUACUUUAUCCGCCGCGCGUCGCCCCGGUCGUCUGGCGCGCCGGUGUCGGGCACCCCCCCUAACCAAGCUAGCGCGAGACGGGCCGAUGCUCAGCGCGGCUGCCGCGACCGGAGCGAGAUCGGAGUCGCCGGCGUUCCCCGUCCACCGGGUACCAGGGAAUUCCCCGGGCGGCCUGCUAGGGAAAUGAUCCUCAUGGAGUCUCGGACGCCCGCCGACGGCCCCGGGAAGGUCCCCAGCAAGCUGCCGGGCGCCUCCUCCGGCGCCGCCUCGGCGUCCUCCGCCAGCGCGACCAAGACUUCGGGGACGACGACGACGACCCGGAGUCCCCAGUGCGCCCGGUGCCGGAACCACAACCGAAAAGUGGCCGUGCGUGGCCACAAGCGCUACUGCCCGUACCGCAUCUGUGUCUGCCCAAAGUGCAAGCUGAUCGCCGAGCGCCAGGUGGUCAUGGCGCAGCAGGUCGCGCUGCGUCGGGCCCAGGUCCAAGACGAGGCGAGCGGCCGAGCAGUGUUCGAGGAGGUCGACCCCAAGAGCCUGCUCGACCAGCCGCCCCCGACGGACGUGGUCAAACCGCCGGCCCUGGUCAGCACGGCAAACUCGUUCGCCGCCAACGACUACGCUGGCAGCCACCACCGCAGCCCUGAUGUCCUCAUCACAGCAGGUGAGCCAGUGUACGCGCUCACCUCUAGAUACGUCGGGUAUCAGUGUGAUGCUUAA